AGCCGAGAUUGUGCCACUGCGCUCCAGCCUGGGUGGCAGAGUGAGAAACUGUCUCAAUAAAUAAAUAAAUAAAUACCUGAGUGUGGUGGUGCACACCUGUAGUCCCAGCUUCUUGGGAGACUAAGGCAGGAGGAUUGCAGGAGCUCAGGAGGUCAAGGCUGCAGUGAGCUCUUGAUUGUGCCGCUGCAUGCACUCCAGCCUGGGCCAGAGUGAGACCCUGUCUCUAAAAAAUAAUAAAAAUUAAAGGGGCUUUGCAAACGCGGAAGGUGUCUGGAUGAUUCCCCUGCAUGUGCAGUGCCUUGUUUACAAUAAUUUGCUUUUUCUGUGUUUAUUCAACAAAUAUUUAUUGAGCCCUCACUCUCUGCCAAGCCCUGUGCUAGAUGCUGGAUAAGCAAGGUAAGUCUCUGCCCUCAAGGAACUUACACUCCAAUGUGACUCAAGGAAAAAAGAAUUUGAAAGUUGCUACCUACCCAGUCCCCUCACUGCACAGAAACUGAAGCCAGAGGUAUCCACAUCUUUCUCCUUCCCAUGCUCUGAUAGCUCCUCACUGCUAAGCUCCCCAUUGCCCGUGACCCCAUGUGGCAGGUUUCCCGCCUGGGGUGCACUCACAAAAUGGUUUAUGUAAAUAAUAUUGAAAAUUGGACCUUCUGUGCCAAUAAUGGGGCCGUUGCUUUUUGAAAAACUUCCUGUUGAUAGUGUCUCCUAUGACUACCCCUGUCUCUGGCUGUGUGGUUUACAGAUCCAGUUGCCUCUGCUCUUGCAUUGUGAGAGUCAACAGAGGCAAGAAACCCCGAUACUAGUUUGCUGCUGUUGGUGGGUUUUUUGAGACAAGGUCUCUGUCGCUCAAGCUGGAGUGCAGUGGCGCGAUAACUCACUGCAGCCUCGAACUCCCGGACUCAAGCGAUCCUCCUGCCUCAGCCGCCCCAGUAGCUGGGAGUACAGGUGCACGCCACCACGCCGGUUAAUUUUUUAAAAAAUUUUGUAGAGAUAGGGUCUCGCUAUGUUGCUCAGGCUGGUCUUGAACUCCUGGCCUCCAGCGAUCUUCCCGCCUUGGCCUCCCAAGGUGUUGGGCUUACAGGCGUUAGCUACGCGCCCGGCCCCCCCCGUUCUAGUUACGAUUUUGUUGCGGGCGGUGAAAAGUCACGUGGCCUCCAAGGUCCUAGAUUUCUGAGGGGCGUCAGCUUGGCACCCUAAUGCAGUGUGAUCUCUGGCCAGCUACUCACCCUCUUUUUGCUGUUUUCAUCCUGGGGGCUAACCGCCAAGACAUGGCCGCCAGUUUCCCUAGGGAAGCCUCCGCGGAGGAAGGCAGCGGUUGAGGCACCUGGGAAGACCAACCUGGGAAAGGUCUCCCUGCGCGCAGUCUGCGGGCUGGAGGGACCGGCCGAGCCUGCGCACUAGCGCCCCGCCGGCGCUGCUGAACUGAGAGGAAGGGGCGGGGCGUCGCCAGGUUGUGCCAGCAUCCGCCGGGCGCCGGAAGUGGCUCUCCGCCCCUGCCACUGGGCCAUGGAGACUGUGGCACAGUAGAUUGUACUGUGAGGCUCGCGGGGGCAGUGGCCAUGGAGGCCGUGCUGAACGAGCUGGUGUCUGUGGAGGACCUGCUGAAGUUUGAAAAGAAAUUUCAGUCUGAGAAGGCAGCAGGCUCGGUGUCCAAGAGCACGCAGUUUGAGUACGCCUGGUGCCUGGUGCGGAGCAAGUACAAUGAUGACAUCCGUAAAGGCAUCGUGCUGCUCGAGGAGCUGCUGCCCAAAGGGAGCAAGGAGGAACAGCGGGAUUAUGUCUUCUACCUGGCCGUGGGGAACUACCGGCUCAAGGAAUACGAGAAGGCCUUAAAGUACAUCCGUGGGUUGCUGCAGACAGAGCCCCAGAACAACCAGGCCAAGGAACUGGAGCGGCUCAUUGACAAGGCCAUGAAGAAAGAUGGACUCGUGGGCAUGGCCAUCGUGGGAGGCAUGGCCCUGGGUGUGGCGGGACUGGCCGGACUCAUCGGACUUGCUGUGUCCAAGUCCAAAUCCUGAAGGAGGCGUGGGAGCCCAUGGAGAACGCUCCAGGAGGGCCUGUCCAUCCUCGCUGUCCCCUCCCUGUACUCCCCCUGCACCCCUGUCUCUGUCCUCUGUGGCCUUCAACUAACUUCUGCUCCCCUGAGACCCGUCCUUCAGCCCCAAAUCAUGUGCUUUGGGAUGAGUGUAAAUAAAACGGGGCUGUGGCUUGGGAA